AUGAACCUCGCCCUCAGCGUAGGGUUUCUGCAUCUAUUCUAUGCCUUGGCGUAUGUCUUCAUCCCCGACGACUGUGAAGCAAUAACCGAUUCCAGCGUGACCCCAGAUAACUUGAACAUAGUCAUCCGAAGCACCCAGGAGAAUGUCACCUUCGAUCUGACCCUCCACGCCACUUCCCGCGCACUCUACUACGGCGGCGGCGGCGCAUAUGCGUAUCUCAACGACCCUACAUAUAACUGGGCACUCCCCGCGUGCGAAACCUCAGGAAACAUUUCCCUCCCUCGGUCAUCCUCCAGCGGAGCGCUCGAAACAAUCAGCAUUAACUCCUCCGCCUCAUUCACCUGGUACGACCGCAUGUGGGGCGCCCCGGCCCUCCUAAACAAGAACUCAACUUACUUCAACCUCUUCUUCGACAACAGUGAGCUGUUUCUCAGCACGUAUGCGGUAUCUAGAGUAGACCCGCCACUAAGGUCACUGAGCAGCAACAUCCGCAGACGCAAUGAGAGUGUGCAUGUGUUCGCUCCUCUGGAUAUAUUCACACCCGACGCACACGAGAUCUGGACAUCCCCGCGAACAGGGCAGAUCUACCCUCAAAAAUGGAAACUGGGAAUCGAAUCAAGGGGGAUAUUGGAAAUUCAAAGUGUUUCCGGGGAUCAAGAGACUGUGAGUCCAGGCUGGUACGGGACGACCUAUCUUGGCUUUGUCACGUUUACUGGGGUGUUUGAUGAGCAAGAGGUGACAGGGUUUGGUGCCGUUGAGAUGAGAUAUGUUUUGCCUUUGCCACAGGUUAGCCAGUAG